AUGGCGAUUCAUCUGCUCUCGCCCAAGAACGCACCUGCAGCCGUUCUCGGCAUUUUACUGGCUCUGCUGUACUGGCUCUACCGUGCACUGCUCCCAAAGCCGAUCGAGGGCAUCCCCUACAAUACAAAUGCAACGACUCGGAUACUGGGCGACAUGCCCGAGAUGAUGCGCUAUGUCCUGCGCACAAAGCGCGUCUUCUGCUGGCUCACUUCACUUACAACCCGUCACAAGAGUCCGAUCGUUCAAGUUUUUGUGAAACCAUUCUCUGCACCAUGGGUUGUCCUUACGGAUCCUUUCGAGAGCCAGGACAUUCUGCUGAGGCGGACGCGAGAGUUCGACCGCAGCAGCUUUGUUGGAGACCUUAUCGAUGGCGUCUUUCCGGAACAGCAGCUGCACAUGAUGUCAACAGACGAGCGCUUCAAGCGAAAUCGUGCACUCGUCAACCAUCUUAUGGCGCCCACCUUUAUCAGCAGCGUCAGCGCCCCAGAGGUAUAUCAAGCGACAAUUUCCAUGAUCUCGUUGUGGGAGAUGAAGAGUGACAUCGCCGAGGGGAGGCCAUUUGCUGCGCACAAAGAUCUUAUGAGCCUAGGGCUAGAUUCUAUCUUUGCGAGCUCGUUUGGCCUGGAAGAAACUGAAAGUAAUAUCUUUUUACGGAUUGCGACGCUCCAGCAGUGGCUAGAAACUUCAGAUCAGGUCGAGAAGACUAAGGGAACCAGAGACACGCCCGUGCCCUUCCCUGUGGAGGCUCCUGUCCCGUCUGUAUUCGAGGCCAUCCUUACCCUCGCUGACUCCGUCAUGAUCUACCAAAUGUCACCCGCGCCGCGCCUCACCUCCUGGAUGGUCCGCAAGCUGCCGUACAUGCGACGCGCGUAUGCUAUUAAGGAGAAUUAUAUCGCCGCCAAGACAGACGAAUGUCUUCAGCUGAUCAAGGCGGGCGACGACCGGCCGCGUUCAGCACUCCACAGCGUGCUCCUCCGAGAGCGCGACAUAGCAGCCAAAGACGGCCGCCAGCCAGACUACAGAAGCCGGGCCAUCGCUGAUGAGUUCUUCGGCUUUAUGACCGCAGGUUACGAUACAAGCGCCACGACGGUAUCGUGGGGCGUCAAGCUCCUUGCGGACAACCCGGCACCGCAGGCUCGUCUGCGCGAGGAGCUGAGGAAAGCACUGCCUGACGCUUUGCGGGAAAAGCGCACUCCAACGUAUGCAGAGCUCGACGCAGCGUUUCGCAGGGUCCCAUAUCUGGACGCGGUCGUCGAAGAGGUCCAGCGCCACGCAAACACGAUUACCUUCUCGGUGCGGCAGGCGAAGGUAGACACCACGGUGCUGGGACGGCGGAUACCCAAGGGCACGGAGGUUUUCAUGCCUGCAAACGGGGCGGGCUAUCGUGAGCCGACCAUGCGUAUCAGCGAUACGGAACGCAGCCCCGGCGCGAGGAGGACAGAGGGCAAGGCGCUGAGUGGGGCUUGGGACGAUGCCGAUAUUGCCGACUUCAAACCGGAGCGAUGGCUCAAGAUUGACCAGUCAACCGGGGCUGAGGUGCAUGAUCCAAUGGCCGGGCCGCAGCUGGCGUUCGGUCUGGGGCCGAGAGGUUGCUUUGGAAAGAAGCUGGCCAUUCAAGCCCUCAAGAUCGAGUUUGCGAUGCUCGUGUGGCAUUUUGAGUUUCUGCAAUGCCCGAAAGAGCUGAGUGGCACACGCAAACUCCCACCAAAGGCAGGUGGCACCAACUCCUCGUUCCAGCAUGUCGGCAUCAUUGGCGCAGGCAUCGGCGGCCUUGCAUGCGCCAUCGCAAUACGCAUUCACAGCCAAGGAGCCCUCAAAGUCACCAUGCUUGAGGCAGCUUCCGAGCUGGGUGAAAUCGGCGCAGGUAUCCAGAUGACCCCGAAUGUAGCACGGCUACUCCAGCGAUGGGGCGUGGCGGAUGUGAUCGGCAAGAAUCUAGUGUCUUUUGAGCGGUUCCAACUCCGGACAAAAAAUGGGAAAUUGGUCGGGUGUUCAAGCGCUCCGGGACACGCAGAGCGAUUUGCUGGAGCCCCAUGGUGGCUGGUCCAUCGGAUGCACCUCCAUGACGGGUUACAACACGUUGCAAGACAGAGGGGAGUCGAGCUAAUCACCGGUGCGAGAGUGUGUGAGAUUCAUUAUCAAGUCGCUGGAGAAGAGAAGGUAAAGGUGAUGGAUGACACAGGACGGUAUUGGGAUUUCGAUCUUGUCAUCGGCGCGGAUGGCCUGAAUUCUGUAACGAGACGGACGAUACUCCCCCACGCGCAGCCGAGUCCGCCAACCAACGUAGCUGCAUACAGGGUUCUGGUACCUAUGGAGCAGCUCAUUUGUGAUCCUCUUACGAGAGAGCUGGUGGAGAAGCCGAAUGUUAAUGUCUGGAUGGGCGCUAAGGAAGGCAAGGAGCACGGAUAUGUGAUCGCAUACCCUAUCAGUGGUGGAAGUGUCUACAACAUUGUGCUCACCCAUCAUAGACCGUACCCAGUCACGAGCGUCGAGGACGCUACCGCGGAUGAAAUACGGUACACAUACGGGGAGUAUGAUCCUCGGCUCCAACGGAUUCUGGAGACGAUACCGAAAACCGUGCGUCGCUGGCCAUUGUUGGUUACGCGCUGUCCCACGUGGUCUUCACCACAAAAGAAUGUGGUUCUAAUGGGCGAUGCUGCUCACUCGAUGGUGAACCAUCUUGCGCAAGGCGCGGCAACGUCAAUGGAAGAUGGAGCCUUCCUCGGUGUUAUACUGAGAGAGGUAGCCAAGGGGUCUCUGACACUGAAGGGUGCCAUCUCCAAGUACGAGGAGGAAAGGAUGCCGCUGGCGGACCUCAAGCAACAGAAGUCCUUCGUUAUGGGCCUGGUGUAUCACCUCGAAGAUGAUAGCCCAGAGCAGCGAGCAAGGGAUAAGCAAAUGGAGCCGGAGCUGAAAGGGGAACAGCUCAUCCGCACUCCCAAUAUGAACGCUGACCCACAAAUUUGGCGGACAAUCUACGCUUAUGACCCGGAGAACCAUGCGGAGAUUGCUCUUAGACAAGCGUUGUCGAACAGCAGCCUGCAGAAUCCUGUUACUUACGUGACCAGAGACGUUGGGGCUGCUGCCUCGGCGGUGGAAUCUGUGGCCCGGGACCAGAUCGACCCGACACUCACCUCAGUCUUCUCCGUAGUAGUCCCAGGGACGGAGACUGCGUCCCGAGUAACGACUACCGUUUUUGCCACCGGUGGUGCGACUGGCGGCCUGACGGCAGGUCAGAUAGGGGGCAUCAGCGCCGGGGCGGUUGUGGGUUUCCUCCUUCUGGUGGCGCUGGGAUGGCUUAUUGUGCGGCAUCUGAUCCGGAUCUCACGAUUCAUGGACAAUUUCAACAAGCACCGUGAAUUGCCUGAGAAGCCGAUUAUCAAAGAAGAUAUUCACGGGCAAGCCAUAGAACUAACAGCAAUUGACAGCAGCAACGGUGGUGCUGGCCAAACGCUUACUGAGUUGUCACCACAAGAGAGGCCGCAACUUCUAGAGGAGUGGGGAAGACAUGGAAGCCGUGGAAAUGAGCUCACAGGGAGCUACGAAGCACACGGCUUGUCUGAGUUGGACAGUGCAUCUGUAGUGAGGACUUGA